CCGAUAUCAACUUCUAUCUAUAUAUCUUAAUUAUCUAUAUGUCUAUAUAUAUGUGUGUGUACUUGAUUCUUGAAAUCCUCCAUAUCAUUCUACAACUAAUCAGAGAUGGACCAAAAACAAGAAAUGGCAAUAAGCAAGAUGCGGGAGUUAGUAGAGACCCAAGGAAUCCCAACUCAGAAGUGUGUGGAUCAUACUUUUUUGAGAUUUCUGAAAGCAAAAUCAAUGAACCCAGAAAAGGCUGCAAAGAUGUAUGUUGAAUGGAAAAAAUGGAGGGAAGAUUUCGUGCCGUUAGGUUCCAUACCUGAGAGUGAAAUAGCAGAUGCAUUGGGUGACAACAAGAUUUACUUACAAGGUCUGACUAAAAUCGGACAACAACCAUUUCUGGUUGCUAAAGCUAACAGACAUUCCACUUCAGCAUCCAAAGAUCCACUUCAAUUCAAGAAGUUUAUAGUCUAUCUGUUUGACAAAGCAAUUGCAAGCUCUUUCAAGGAUGGAAAACAAACAGGAAACGAGAAGAUCAUCUCUGCUGUGGAUUUAAAAAGUAUACCUUAUAAGAGCAUUGACGCUCGUGCUUUCACAAUAAGCUUCCAACUUUUGAAGGCUUAUUUCCCUGGUCGACUUGGAAAAAUGUACAUGUUAAAUGCUCCUGGAUUCUUUGUUAGUUUCUGGAAGAUGUUUUCAAUCUUUCUAGACAAAGAUAUCCAAGAAAAUAUUAUUUUUGUGAGUAAUGAGAAGGAGAAAGAGAGUUUCGUUAAGGAAAUUGGCGAGGAGAUACUGCCAGAAGAGUAUGGUGGUCGAUCAAAGCUCAUCGCUAUUCAAGAUGUCACUACCCAUUCCUCGAUCAACAACCCCCUGAGUUGAAUAUCAAUGUAUUUUAACACUCUUCUAUAAUGCUUCAGUGUUCACUUGUACUCUUACAUAACCUAAAUGGGUGCGCGCUUCUGUGGAAUAUCCUUCUUUCCUUUUAUGCAUCAAAAGAAAAAUAUAU